GCCCAAAGACAGAGAAAAUAUUGGUUUGAACCGAGAGGGGUUGGUUUCAUUUGAUUUAAUUCUUUGUUUGAAAGAAGAAGAGGAAAAACGGAGGGAGAGGAGAAAAAUAAUAUUUCCACAAUUUUAAAUGGUCUCAAAUUAAUUCUCACCGUUUUUUGUGUAAAAUUAUAUUUAAAAAAGGAGGAAACAGAAUUUGAAGAAGGGAAAGGCAGCGAAGGACAAUGAAGAGGCGCAAUGCUGAUUGCAGCAAGAUCAGGAGGCCGUUAAAACGGAACAGGAUCACCGAGGGGAUAUAUGGCAGCACUUUCUUGUACCUUAAGUUCCUUGUUGUGUGGGCACUGGUGUUGCUGGCAGAUUUUGUCCUCGAAUUCCGCUUUGAAUAUCUUUGGCCUUUCUGGCUCUUCAUCAGGAGUGUUUAUGAUUCCUUCAGAUACCAGGGUCUGGCCUUUUCAGUAUUUUUUGUUUGUGUAGCCUUCACAUCAGAUAUAAUAUGCCUACUCUUCAUACCAGUGCAGUGGCUUUUCUUUGCUGCCAGUACUUAUGUAUGGGUUCAGUAUGUUUGGCACACAGAAAGGGGAGUUUGUUUACCAACUGUAUCACUAUGGAUAUUAUUUGUUUAUAUAGAAGCAGCAAUCAGAUUUAAAGAUUUAAAAAAUUUUCAUGUGGAUCUUUGUCGUCCUUUUGCUGCACACUGCAUUGGCUAUCCUGUGGUGACACUGGGAUUUGGCUUCAAAAGUUACGUAAGCUACAAAAUGCGAUUAAGAAAACAGAAGGAAGUGCAGAAGGAGAAUGAGUUCUACAUGCAACUACUGCAACAGGCUCUGCCCCCAGAGCAGCAGAUGCUACAGAGGCAAGAAAGAGAAGCUGAAGAAGCUGCUGCAGCCAAAGGAAUCACAGAUAUGGAUUCUGCGCAACUCCCUCAACACAAUGGAGGAAUUCCAGCAGGUAGAAAAUUAACAACAGCUUUACCAGAACUAGAAUACAAAGAAAAAGGGAAAGAUAAGGACAAAGAAGCCAAAAAACCCAACCUUGGGAUUAACAAUAAUAUUUUGCAACCUGUAGACUCAAAAAUACAAGAAAUUGAGUACAUGGAAAACCAUAUCAAUAAAAGAUUGAAUAAUGAGCUUGUAGGAAGCACAGAGAAUCUCUUGAAAGAGGACUCAUUUACGGCUUCUUCAAAAAAUUACAAGAACGCUACUGGGGGAGUGAAUUCUUCACCCAGAAGUCACUGCACGUCCAAUGGCAGCAUUCCUUCCUCCUCUUCUGCUAAGAAUGAAAAGAAGCAAAAAUGCACUAGCAAGAGCAUGAGUACACAUAAGGAAAUAAUGGAAAACUGUAUACCUAAUAAUCAGCUCAGCAAGCCAGACACAUUAUUAAGGUUGGAACAGGAUAUUAAGAAGCUGAAAGCUGACUUGCAGGCAAGCAGACAGUGUGAACAGGAGUUGCGUAGUCAGAUCAACUCCCUGACCAGCACUGAGCGUAGUAUCCGUUCAGAAGUAGGGCAGCUCCGACAGGAGAAUGAGCUACUACAGAACAAAUUACAUACUGCAGUGCAAGCCAAACAGAAGGAUAAACAAACCAUCAGUCAGUUAGAGAAGAAACUCAAAGCUGAACAAGAGGCAAAAACUUGUCUUGAAAAGCAAUUGAUGGAAGAAAAGAAGAGGAAGAAGCUGGAAGAGGCAUCUGCAGCUCGAGCUGUGGCACUUGCUGCUGCCACUAGAGGGGAAUGUACAGAAACUCUAAGAACUCGUAUUCGAGACCUGGAGGCAGAGUGUAAGAAGUUAACAAUGGAUAUGAAAGUCAAAGAAGACCAAAUCCGUGAGCUAGAGAUGAAAGUACAGGAACUGCGUAAAUAUAAAGAAAAUGAAAAAGACACAGAAGUAUUGAUGUCGGCACUUUCAGCCAUGCAAGAUAAAACACAACACUUAGAGAAUAGUCUAAGUGCUGAAACCCGAAUUAAGUUGGAUCUCUUCUCUGCACUAGGAGAUGCCAAACGGCAGCUGGAAAUUGCACAGGGGCAAAUCAUUCAGAAGGAUCAGGAGAUCAAGGAGUUGAAACAGAAAAUUGCAGAAGUCAUGGCUGUUAUGCCCAGUAUUGCCUACACAGCAGCAACAAGCACUCUGAGCCCUGUGACGCCACAUUAUUCCUCAAAAUUUGUGGAGACUAGCCCUUCAGGACUUGAUCCCAAUGCCUCAGUUUAUCAGCCCAUGAAAAAAUGACUGCGCAUCUCUUUCUCCUGUCCUUCGUCCUGUCCUCCCCUCCAACCCCCACUCUUUCCUGAACUUUAUCGAUGUGGUGACAUCAUGCAAGAGUGUUCUGCAGUCAAGAUGACAAUGUAACGUGUGACUGUACGUACUAGCUGUAGUCAAAAAAAAAAACAAAAAUACAAAAAAUGACAUCAUUGUGUCGACUAGAACUGCCUAAUGACUGCUUCUUUUUCCUGUAAAUUUUUAGGAAAUUCCCAGAACUUUGCAGUUUGUUUUUGAAAAGUCUGGUCAGUGCAUUAUAACUUCUUGUUUUUUUUCCCCCUUUUUAUUUCAUUUGGUUUCCUCUUGGAAAAUUUUUUUUUUUUAAAAAACAGAUCUGUGAACCCACACUCAUGCAAAAUGAUAGGGUUGGAAACUCAGCAAUAAAUUUCAGAUUGAUUUUGACUCAUUGUUGCUGACUAGCUCUUUCACUGAGGGCCCAUUAAAUGUGUUGAAUACCAUAUUACUUGUCCUACCAUAAGUGUAGAAGUUCAGAGUUUGGAGUAAGUUUUCUUCGUGUUCAUGUGUGUCAGUCACCUGAAUUGAACUGUUUAACCUCAGCCUCCCCAAGAUCAGUGCUAACUUACAUUUCUAGCUCUAAACCUUUUUGAAGCUGUUGAGUAUUGUAAAAAUAUAUACAUUUUAACGGUGAAUGUUUCACUACAUGCUGGAAAUUACAUGUGUUUUGAUUCCACAUUGAAGAAGACUGCAGAAUUCAAAUGAGGAGAGGAUGCCCUUCAUUCGUGUGUUAGGAAUACAUACAGUGCCAAUUAGACAUGGGAAUAGAAAAUUAAAUCUGCUAAUUAAAUUGUGAGGUGUGAUUUGUUUAUAUCCAACUUCUUGGUCAUGCUUUCAAUGAGAGUUUAUCCAGAAUAGGACUAAAGAUGCCCCAUGAGAUAUGAAAAACCUUUUCUAGUAAAAUACUGAGUAAAAUAUUAAUGCUCUGUCCCCUUAUGGCUUAAUUUUAUAUUUUACAUAACAGUAACAUUAAGUACUCAACAAGCUAUUGAAAAAUGAUUUUUUGAGAGGAAACUUAUCAGCGCUCAGAUCUACACACUAUGGUUCCUCUCCUCCCCCAGCUCUUAUCCGUAAUAUGUGCAUACUGUUCUGAGAUUAAGUUCGUAAUUAAGCGCGCCCUUAAUAUCAUUGCAGUAGGAAAAACUCAGGGUGCCAUUUAUGAAUAAUUUCAUGUCAAGACAUUGUAGAAGUGUCCAAGCAGUUGAAAAUGACUAGGGUGGAAAAUGAGUGAGCUGGUUUGGAUGCCCAGAUUACAAUUGAUAGCAUAUUUGACUUCUCGGUAUGAUCUUUCAUUGAACAGCUGAUGUUCAGUGCUUUCAUACUUCAACUAAUUGAAUUAACACCACUUUAUAGAAAUCUAUCAUUUCACUUAUGUAAGUGGAUAAUUUAAAAGUUGAAUUGGUUAUUUAUACAAUUGAUUAAUCUAAAUUUACCCUUGUAUUCUAGAUAAUUACCGCUAUAAUUCUAAAUACGAAAAAAGCAUAAAUUUAUUUUGUCAACAUAUGGUAUAAUGCUGUAGAUUGCCAAGUUUAUUUUGAUCCCAUAAAGUUUGCAUUUAUACUUUGGCAAUUGGUUAACAGCAUAACCAAAAGGGAGGAGGGGAAUCACAUGAUUUGUUUUAUAGGAAAAUCAAAUGCUUAGAGGUGCCAUUCCUUCAUUAAUGGGAAAAUCAUUAAAGUAUACAUUUGUGAGUAACUGAUUAAAGUAUCACCAAAUUACUUUGUAAUGUUACUGUUCUUGAAAGUAUAACUAGUUCGUUUAUCCUAUGCAAACAUGUUAACAUCAAAAUUCAGUUUUAGUGAUUUCUUGGGGAAUUUUCCAAAAUAUUUUGCAUGUUACCAUUUAAUGCCUAACAAUCCUAUACUCCAGUAUAAAUUGAAAUUUAAAGUAUAAUUGCAGGCUUUAAUGGAUAACAGCAUUCAAAAAUAAGCUUCACAAUUAAGAUGUUGCAUUUUAUUCCAUUUUUAAAAGGAAAGGUAGUGAUCAUAGUGCCUUUAAAUUUAUAGCCAGAGGAAACCAUGUUUUCAAUAAUGCACACGUCCUUUUCCUCUGUCCUUCUCAAGCGUUUUAAGUCAAAUUCCAUUCAGGACUACUUGACACAUUUGAAGCUGAAGUGCUGUGAUUUAUGUAACCUUGAGUUAUUGACCCAGCAAUCUUCAAGUAUACUUGACAUCACUGCCUCAAUUUUAAGUAUUACAGAUUUUUUUGGUAUGUUUUGCACAGGUCAGCAACAGAGUUUUUGCAUUUGUCUUUCUCAUUUACUAUUUGGCGUUUCUGUUAAGGAAUUUUUUUUGAACCCUUAUUUUCUUUCAAUUUAAAUAUUUAUCACUUUACAAAAACAGGAUUGUGUUGGAUCUGUGGAAUUAGUAUGGACGAUCAUGACUCAUCAGUUAAGGGCAGGUGUUAAUAAAACCACUGAUUUAAGGCCGACUUCUAUUUUCUAUUCUUUAUUUACUGUACUACACAACUUGGUGCAGAAGACAAUAUACAGACCAAAUGAAAUGUAAAAUUUAUCCUGAAAGCAGGAGAAUUUCCAGUGUAUAAUCUGAACUGAUCCAGAGAUCCAGUUCUUCAAUGCUUAAAUGCCUACUUUUCUUCCUGUGAGACAUUUACGUUGUUAUUACCUGAACAGUAUGCCAGAAUGUGAUUGUUAUGAGUGAAGUAGGGGAAGGAGAAAUACAUUCUACAGAAAGAAAAGUGGUUUAUAAAACAAAGUAUGGAUUUACCAGUGAAUGCUUUGUUUUCAAAUUGUGUUAGGCUUGAAUAUCAUUUGAGAUUAUUCUAAUCAACAAAAGCAUCCUUUGUUUUAUGUAUUUCCAUAAGAUCCUUUUGCUUAAAUUUUGAGGAUAUUUUGUACUAAAGUACACAACAUGAGUUAAUACUUUGAAAUGGUUACUAUUAUUUAAUAGUGCAUCAUGGGUGCUUAGAAUGAAUAUAAUUUGUGUUUGGAUGCAAGUAAGAAAGUACUGCAGUAAUGGAAAAAAAUCUUGCAUCCAUCCAGUCAUCCCAGCCCAAAAGUAAAGGCUUUGACCAUGGGAUCUUGUGCAUCAAUGUUGACUCGUAAUUCUUUUCCGCUGUCCAGUAAGAUGCAUGUGUCAAGAAGACACAAUGGACUUUUGCAGUUCACUCCCCAAUUAAACUUAUUCGAGUUAAUGAAAUAUACUUUUGAGAGCAAGUGAAUAUGUGCUAUAUCUUUACCAUGUGGUAUUGUAAUGCUAGAAUUCUGUUCAAAUGCCCUAGAAUUUUUUUUUGUUCUGCAGUUAUGAUUCCUUGAUUUAUUGACUACUCUUCCAUGUAGUCUAGUGGCCCAUGUCUCAGAUUUUUCUCCCAUAAUUCUGAAGUACGACUAUAUCGUACCAGUGCAGACUAUUCCAUUGUGGCAGGCAUAUUGUACAUCAAGCUGUCUUGGAAUUCCGAACUUGUAUAGGUAGGAAAUAGCUAUUCAAUUGUUCCCUUGAAAUAGCUAUUCAACUGUUCCCAUUGACCUUAACAAGUUACAAACGUUACAUUUGCUUUUUCAAAAAACUUAGCAUUUGAUAUUUUAAACAGUGUUCAACAAUAUUAAGUAUUGAUUAUACUGUGAUACUGUCCCAGUCUAAUCCAAAGGAACCUUAAACAUUAUCAGUAAUGUCUGCAUAAGGCAUAUUUAAGUGGUUUAAAUAAAAUUGUUUCAAUUGCAUCCAAAUAAAAGUUUCUGGUGAGGAGCUAACUUUUUAACAUUGUUCUUGUUCAUCUAUACCAGGGGUUCCCAGCCUGGGGUCCACAGACACCUUGGUUAAUGGUAGGGGUCCAUGGCAGAAAAAAGGGUUGGGAACCCCUGAUCUAUACAGAUGUGUUGCAUUUUAUAACCUUGGAGAACUGAGUAUAUACUUUUGUACGUUACACUGAUAGCACCGCUGCUGUGUUUUAAAAUAUUGAAGUCUACAAAAGUAUGCAGUGAAUUGUAAUGUCUAAAUUUUACCUUCCCCAGCCGCACUCCUCUUGGUUUGGAUGUUUUUUUUUCUGCAUCUUGAACUGUUACAAGAGCACCACAUACUUGUAGUGGACCUCAAAUGGGCUAGCAGUUUCCAGAUUUGUUUUUCAAAAAUCUUCCAACUGAUAUUCAUCCCGUGGUUUCAAAAUGAAGACCCUAUUUAAAAGACAUCUUGUUUAAUUUUAAUGACAGGAUUCUUUUACAAUCAACUCAUAUUGCCAAGUUAUUUUUUUCUUUGAGUAGUAGCUUAAGCCAGAUCAGAGUGGCUUUGGCUGUCAUUUUUGAUUUUUGAAUCACCUUGUAUAAUUGUCACUAUAAAAAAUGUGAUGGAUUCUUUGAGCAUUGUGCAGAACAUGGAGUAUUGUCACUGACUUUUUUUGUGUUGAAGUUUACCCCUCCUCCCCUUGUCGCCACUUUGGCAUUUUACUUUAUAUGACUGGUCUUGGCUGCAUUCUCUUUCUGUGGGGUUUACAAGGAAUAAACGUUUUU